AUGAGUCUCAAGCUUCCUGAAGACGAUGAGUUACACCCUGAAUGGCGCAACGAAGUGAUAUCCUUUCUGCCUGAGGUCCAUCGAAGCUCACUAAAACUUGCAAGCUCGAGGACGUGGUCUAUCAUUGAUAGCUACACAUUGGGCCCUGCCGAACACGUGACGGCAAUUAAGAAUAUGAGCCUCGAGGUGUCUGAGAACACGCAUGAGCGUAAAGAUAUGAUUGUAGUUGGGACGGCAUUUGCACGGGGCGAGGACAUAUCCUCACGUGGCUGCAUUUAUGUUUUUGAAGUGAUAAAAGUGGUUCCAAAUCCCGAAAACCCAGAGGCCAAUCGUAAGUUAAAACUUAUAGGUAAAGAAUCGGUGAAAGGAGCUGUAACUGCUUUGUCGGAGAUUGGUGGCCAGGGGUUUUUGAUCGUCGCUCAAGGACAGAAAUGUAUGGUCCGAGGUCUUAAGGAGGAUGGCAGUCUGCUUCCCGUUGCAUUUAUGGAUGUGCAAUGCUAUGUUAGUGCCCUGAAAGAACUUAAAGGCACCGGCAUGUGCAUCAUUGGAGAUGCUGUGAAAGGAAUAUGGUUUGCAGGAUACUCGGAGGAGCCGUAUAAGUUGAGCCUGUUCGCCAAGGAUUUAGAUUAUCGUGACGUGCUGGCGGCCGAUUUCCUUCCUGAUGGCAAUAGAUUGUUUGUUCUUGUCGCGGACAGUGACUGCAAUCUUCACGUGCUACAAUAUGACCCCGAGGAUCCCAAGUCAUCAAACGGGGAUAAAUUUCUCAACCGCAGUAAAUUCCACGUGGGCAGCUGUGUCUCCACGUUGACCUUACUUCCGCGCACCAUGGUCUCCUCUGAGCUAGUAAUGUCUAGUUCGGAAGAAAUGGAUCCUGACACCCAGAUUUCGCGACGUCAAGUACUUGUCACUUCUCUGAACGGGUCGAUUGGUCUUGUUACGUGCCUUUCCGAAGAGUCAUAUCGUCGAUUAUCGGCCCUCCAGUCUCACCUGGCAAAUGUCCUAGAACAUCCUUGUGGACUUAAUCCUCGAGCUUUUCGGGCUGUAGAAAGCGAUGGCACUGUUGGGAGAGGUAUGUUGGAUGGAACUCUUCUCAUGCAAUGGUUGGAUAUGAGUACACCUCGCAGGAUGGAGAUAGCCAGUCGGGUGGGGGCCAAUCAAUGGGAAAUCAGGGCAGAUCUCGAAGCUGUCGGCGGGGGUGGGCUUGGGUUUCUGUAG